AUGACAGAUAAACUUGAAGAGCCUCACUUUGUCGAUAAAUGUUUGCCCCCUUCUGGUUCAUAUUCUGAGUCCACCUGCCUCGCUUCUGCUGACUUUGAGGCGAGCAGUGAAUAUGCUAAGACAGGGGAUUCACUUUUGCCCGGAAAUCGAUCCUCCAAGCCGAUUGCUUACUUCUGGGAGCGAAAGCAAUCCUAUGUUACAACUGACAACAACCAAAUGGCAACCAAGUUGACGGACAUGGCGACAAGGCCACUGGAAGAUAUGAAUCACUCGCCUCACUCUCAAAGAUUGUCUGAAGGGCUCGUUGAAUCUGAUAUGCCCCAGAAGAAGCGAGCCAAACACAUGAGUACUGUUAAACAAAAGAGUUUGGACAAAUCCGUUCCCGUGACCAUGACUAAACUUUCUUCUCUUCCUUCGACUACAACAACUCAAAGCGACUCCCAUUUGUUACCCCACUCUCACUUUACUAAAAUUACCUAUCCAUCAGUCCUUCCUGCUGCACUGACACCUCCAGCUUCCUCUUCCUCUGAUUUUGUGCAUAACCAGCACAAUCGGCUUCUUAAUCUCACCUACUCUGGCUCGGAUAAUUCUCCCUUAUGUGAACCCAUAAGCAAUGUUCAUUCGAGCAGCAGCAUUGGUGGAGACGGGGUUACUAGUUGCCUUGAUACACGAGAAACGGCUGGACUCGUUGUGGCAGUGCUGUCCAGACACUUUGCUCGAGGAAGCUUUUUGAAUAAGGUAGAUAUCUUUCUGACUAUUUGUGGCACUAUGGACUUGAUUUUUUUCUCUUUAUAA